CACUCCCCUUUGCUUUAAAAUCUGUGUCUGGACACAAACACAUCUCACCUCUGCUGAGAUUUCCCUCCAAGGUCUGGACUCGUCAUCAUCACUGCUCUUCAGGACCAUCGCAUAUCGAUCCACAGGUGGAAAGGCUUUUUCUUCAUGCACAGAGUUUCUGCUGAGGUGUAUCCCACUCUCCAGCACUGAUAAUGGAUCUUUGGGUCAGAGUAACAGCUCUGUCUCUGCUGCUGCAGCAGCUGGUGCUCACCAUCACAGCUCAAGGCAUUGUCUACGACCUGCUGGUGUCUCCAGACUGCCUGCCAGACCUGCUCCAAGGGAGCUUGAAGAACAAAGGGCGAGAUGAGGCUUUUCUCCUCUCCUCCUUCAGACUCCAGAACAAAGCCCCCACCUCCCUCUACAGCAUCAUCAACCCCAAAGACAACACCAAGUACCUGGAGCUCAGCGUUCAGGCCAAGCUAAGCAAAGUGACACUUCGAUACAUGAGGGCCGACGGCAGGUUCGCCACAACCAGCUUCAACCACGGCUCCUUGGCCGAUGGACGCGAUCACCACGUGAUGCUGCAUGCCAGCGGUCUGCAGCGCGGCCCGCCUCGCCUCAACAUCUAUAUCGACUGCAGACUCGCUCACACUGUGGAAGACUUGCCAGUGGCGUUUGGGUCGCUUCCACCUGGUCCGAACAAGGUGGCGCUGAGGACCUUUCAGUCGGGCGGCGAGGAUAAACUGACAGACUUGAAGCUGGUGAUAGAGGACACCAUAGACAAUGUGGCCACUCUGCAGGACUGCAGCGCCGAGCAUCACGAGUCUCUGCAGCUGCUGGGUGUUCCUGGAGGGAGGGUGAUGCAGGACCAGGUCACCAUGUUGGAGCUGAAGACCAUGUUGUCUGAGAUGAGGCAGCUGCUCCACCAGCAGAUUAAGGAGACCAACUUUCUGAGGAAUACCAUAGCGGAGUGCCUCGCCUGUGGACUCGGAGGCAACCCGACCAACCCUGAUCCAGUUCCGAGUCCGGGACAGAUUGUGAUGCCGCCUCACCCUCAGCCUCAGCCUCAACCUCAGCCUCAGCCUCACCCUCACCCUCACCCUCACCCUCAGCCUCAGCCUCGGCCUCGGCCUCAGCCUCAGUCUCAGACUCAGUGCGCUCCUGGAACGUGUUUCAGACAGAACCUGUGCAUCCCUGCAGAGUCGGGGGGUUUCCGGUGUGCCCCCUGUCCUGACGGAUACACUGGAGAUGGAGUGCACUGCGACGAUGUGGAUGAGUGCCAGUUUAAUCCAUGCUUUCCCGGUGUCAGAUGCGUGAACACUGCUCCUGGUUUCCGCUGUGAGAAAUGCCCACUGGGAUACACUGGACCAGAGUUAACUGGAGUGGGAGUAUCCUACGCUAAGGCAAACAAACAGGUGUGUGAAGAUUUAGACGAGUGCCUGAACCCGCCUGAGAGCGGAGGCUGUACGCCCAACUCAGACUGCUACAACACUGUGGGUUCCUUCAGGUGCGGAGACUGUAAAACUGGCUUUACAGGUGACCAGGUCAAAGGUUGCCACGGUACCAGGCUCUGCCCCAACGGCCAGCCUAACCCCUGCCACGCCAAUGGAGAGUGUGUGUUAGAAAGAGACGGGAGCAUCAGCUGUGUGUGCGGCAUCGGAUGGGCUGGAAAUGGCUACGUCUGUGGAAAGGACACAGAUAUCGACGGAUACCCCGACAAGAAGCUUCCAUGUAGAGAGACCAGCUGUAAGCAGGACAACUGUGUGUUCGUGCCAAACUCCGGCCAGGAGGACGCAGACGGGGAUGGGGUGGGUGAUGCCUGUGACAACGACGCCGACAAUGAUGGCAUUCAUAAUGAAGACGAUAACUGCUGGCUGACCCCCAACCCGGACCAGAGAAACAGCGACAAGGAUCUUUUCGGUGACGCCUGUGACAACUGCAAACUGAUUGAGAACCCCUCUCAGAGGGACACGGACCAAGACGGGCUUGGAGAUGAAUGUGACGAUGACAUGGACGGAGACGGUUUGAAGAAUAAUGUUGACAACUGCCCGCGAGUCCCCAAUCCAGAGCAGACAGACAGAGACGGCGACAGGGUGGGGGACGCCUGUGACAGCUGUCCCGGGAUGUUUAACCCAAACCAGUCUGACUCAGACAACGACCUUGUCGGAGACACCUGUGACGACAACAUCGACAGUGAUGGUGACGGACACCAAAACACUAAAGACAACUGUCCCACCAUCAUCAACUCCUCUCAGCUGGACACCGACAAAGAUGGAAUGGGGGAUGAGUGUGACGACGAUGAUGACAAUGACGGUAUACUAGACAAAGAUGACAACUGCAGACUGGUUCCCAACCCCGACCAAAGAGACACUGACCAGGACGGAGUCGGAGACGCGUGUGAAGGAGACUUCGACAAAGACGACGUCAUUGAUAUAAUCGACCACUGCCCGGAGAACGCCGAGAUCACCCUGACCGACUUCAGAGCCUAUCAGACCGUGGUGCUGGACCCAGAGGGAGACUCGCAGAUCGACCCCAACUGGGUGGUUCUCAACCAGGGUAUGGAGAUUGUCCAGACCAUGAACUCUGACCCUGGCCUGGCGGUGGGCUACACAGCGUUCAGUGGAGUCGACUUCGAGGGGACGUUCCACGUCAACACGGUGACAGACGACGACUACGUCGGCUUCAUCUUCGGAUACCAGGACUCUUCCUCCUUCUACGUGGUGAUGUGGAAGCAGACAGAACAAACGUACUGGCAGGCCUCACCCUUCAGGGCCGUCGCUGAGCCGGGAAUACAGCUCAAGGUGGUGAAGUCCAGCACGGGUCCCGGCGAGUACAUGAGGAACUCCCUCUGGCACACGGGGAACACGUCCGACCAGGUGCGCCUGCUGUGGAAAGACCCCAGAAACGUGGGCUGGAAAGACAAAGUUUCCUACCGCUGGUUCCUCCAGCACAGACCGCAGGUUGGAUACAUCAGGGCUCGCUUUUAUGAGGGUUCGAACCUGGUGGCGGACACAAAGGUGAUCAUCGACACCAGCAUGAGAGGCGGACGGCUGGGCGUGUUCUGCUUCUCCCAGGAGAAUAUCAUCUGGUCCAAUCUGAAGUACCGCUGCAACGACACCAUUCCUGCCGACUACGAGGAUCUGUCCAGCACGCAAGAGUGAAGCUGGAGGAAGGGAGUGAUCCAUCAAAGAGACGAGUUGUUCUCCGGGAAACUGUAGAUAGACAGAACCGCCCUGCUGAGGGCGAAGAGGUGCAGGUCAGGAGUCGGGACGCGACAGACAUCACAGGAAGAAUCAUCAACCAACAGCAACAUUACUUUGGGCAUUAUAUACUUUACUUCUGUCUGACUGAAGCCAAACUAUUCUGAUAUCUUUAACUUUUAUCCACACUUUAAGUUGAGUUUAAAACUGUGUUUUGGAACAUUUUGAAUAUAUAUUGAAUACAGUAAUCAGCAAAAAGGAGAUGCAUGUUCAAUCUCGUAUUUUAAAGUAUUUAUGUGUAGGAGGAAAAACUAAGCUGAAAAAUAAAGACAACAGGUUGUUUUCAAUUAAUGUUUUAUUGAAUGAGUGAGCAAAGUGAACUGCAUGACACCGACAUAAUUGUAUCUCAAACAUCGUUUGGUUGAAUAUCUUUGUAUACUAUGGUAGUAAACAGGCUUCACAGUAGGUCCUGCUAUCUGAUUUCCUCUUUUUUUGUAUAUUUAUCUAAGCUGCUGAGCACCAUUACGUGUCGACAUUCCUACUAUUUAUUAAAAAGCUGAAUUGUUUUUGGGGGUAAAAAAAAAAAAAAAAAAAAAUCACAUGACAUUAUUUUACAGGUAUGUAAAGCAAAACCCAAAGUAAAACUUCCACAGAUCACAGAGCUUCAGCC